UGCAUUGUUAUUUCAUCCAGCUGUUUAUUAAAAAUGAGUGUCAGUUUUUUUAAACACAAACAGGCGUUAAUCAAUGCCUACAAAGAGGUUCUUGAUGAAAAAUCGGACACAGAUUGGGCUCUUUUCACGUAUGAAGGUAAAGAUAAUGAAUUGAAGGUGGCAGGUACUGGAGAAGAUGGCUUGGAAGAAUUAGAAACUGAAUUUAAUAGUUCCAAGAUCAUGUAUGCUUUUAUUCGAGUUAAAGAUCCAAAAACUUCUCUCAACAAGUUCAUAUUUUUGCAUUGGCAAGGUGAAGGUGCUCCUGCAAAUAGGAAAGGUGCUUGUGCCAACCAUGUUAGGGAUGUGGAAAGAUUUUUUAAAGGAGCUCACAUUACUAUCAAUGCUCGAAACGAGGAUGAUGUUACCCCAGAGCAAAUCAUGGAGCAUAUUAAUCGUGCAUCCGCGUCUACAUAUGCAUUUGACAAGACAAAAGGUUCAUAUGAUGAUCCAUCUGAGCCUGUUGGGUCAGUAUAUAAAAAGAUAAAUCCUGGUGCAGAAAUAAGUUCCAAAAGAAAUGAGAAUUAUUGGGAAAAGCAAGAAAGGGAAGAAGAGCAAAGGAAAAAACAAGAAUUGAGAAAGGCGCAAGAAGAGAAAAAUAGAUAUGCUCAAGAAGUUCGCGAAAGGGAAAAAGAGUCAAGCAUGAGAAGACAAAAUUGGGAAAAAGAAAGAGAAAAAGAAAUUAGUGAGAAAGUAAGAGCUGCAAAACUUACUGAUGACACUGCUGAUGUUCGUAAAAGAGAGAAAGAAAAAUGGGAAGCAGAACAACGUGAAUUUGAAGCACAUGAAGAACGGGGAAGAAAAAGAAGUGAAUCUAUAGAGAAAGCAGCUGAAGCAGCGCAUCUUGUGCAACAACGAGACACAAAUAUGCGUGCUUUAUGGGAACAAAAAAUAAAUGAAGCGACUCCUUCAAGUCAACCUGUUAUUCAAAGGCAGCCCUCGAAACAAGGCGAAAGACCAAUUGAAACAUAUCAACCGGCUGAUGUUGAAGAACCAGAAUAUGAAACAUUCGAAGAAGAAACUCGGAAUAACGAUAACAAUAUUGUGGACAAUAAGCAGGAACCCACAAAAUAUGAUGCGGAAGCAAAUAAGAGUGGAUAUUCAGCAAGAGCUAUUUAUGAUUAUCAAGCUGUUGAUGAGACCGAGAUCAGUUUUGAUCCCAAUGAUAUUAUCACUGAUAUUGAAGAUAUGGACGAGGCAUGGGGAAGAGGUGUGGCCCCUGAUGGACGCUCUGGACUUUUUCCUCUCAAUUAUGUCGAGCGUUUGGAAUCUGCUCCAGAAGCAGCAGGAGGUCAUAAAACUUCCGAUAAUGUUUAUGAUGCAGUGGGCCAUAAUCAACAGGACGAAGGUCAAGGGGCACAAGAUAAUAUAUAUGAUGCAGUAGGAGAAAAUCCUGGGGAAAGUAAUGAUGAAGAUAUUAAAAGUCCACAUUCAGCAAGAGCUCUUUAUGAUUAUCAAGCUGCUGAUGAUUCCGAGAUUACUUUUGAUCCAGACGAUAUCAUCACUAACAUUGAAAUGAUUGAUGAAGGAUGGUGGAGAGGUUCAACACCAGAUGGAAAGUAUGGACUUUUUCCAGCUAAUUAUGUGGAGCUUAUUACAGAGUAAAUUACUGCAAUUGCCAAAGAAUAUAUUCUUUAUUGUGAUGCUGCCGAAGUUCAUGCCUUUAUAGGACUAAUCCAAUCACCAAGUGUUUUUUUGACAUUGAGUAUUGUGAAAACAUACUAAUGCAUCUUGAAAGUGAAAUAUUUGUAAAUAAGCAUGAGUCACAAUAAUAUAUCCACGCAAGAUUAUAUUAUACUAUACUAUGACAUGAACACCAACUAGCGGGCUAAACAUGUUCUUGCUAUUUUGCUUCUCAAUGUUAACAAUCACUUUACUUAGGCGAGAUAGUUGCAUCAUUUAUUAAUAAAUAACUAUGGCUGUAUCAAAGCUCGGUUGGCUAAUUCAAUCUAGUUUUAAUUAUAUAUUUUACCUGAAUGUCAUAUAAACUAUAAUGGUAUUAUUAUCUGUUAUAAACAAUGUUACCUGCGCCUAAUUAUUUUUCUAAUGUAGUUUUUGACAUCUGGCUGUCUUUGUUAUUGUUGUAUCCAAUUAUAAAAAACUAUUAUUUCAUAUUUGUUUUAAUCGAAAAUCAAAAAUAGACUUGAACUUCAUUCUUUUUUUGAUUACAGUUUUUUCAAAUCCUGUCAGACAAUGUUUGCUUGUAAUAUAUCUAUUUUUUUUUUCAAUCAAAAAACAUUCAGUAUAUAACAAUAUGCUUCUACAAUUUUUAAUUUGUUUCUGUCCUCCAUUAGAAAAAUUAAUCGUUGGCUAUUAUUUUAGGCAGAUAAGAUCAUGAUUUAUGUCAUAAGUACUUUACUCGGUCAAAAUUCUUAUUUCAUGCAAAUUGAAUCCAAGGUCAUAUCAUUUGAUUGUGAGCUUACCUAAUGAAUAUCAUUUGUAUUGAAACUGAUAUAAGAUGAUAUCAAGUUAUAUAUAUUUGCUUUUGUAAUCCUCACUCAACGUAUUCCAAUAGGGACAGCAAUUUCCCUCAUUUGUGUCUUUACCAAACUGCAUUUAGUUUAUACAUAUAUUCAAAUGUAACGAUUAUGUCUUAAUUUAGA